UGUAUAAGAUAAAGAAACAACUCUGAAAUUUAUAAAUAAAUGACUUAGAAACUCAUCAGUAUUCAGCAUUAAAUGGUAAAGUUAACACAAACUGAAGUAAUUCAACUGGAAAUUUGGGUUGAGUUAGUACACGGUAGUCAAAACUUUGAUUUGAUUUUUUUUCAUAGAAAAUGUGGGGGGGUUUAAUACUUUGUUCAACGUCUAUUUCAGAACCUGAUUUAUUUAGGGCAAAUUUGAUAGUAAGAUUUUUUUUAUUGAAUCUGCACUAAUCCUACAGAACUCUGUACAUUUUUAAAGUGAAGAUAUCCGACAAACACCCAGUCAUAUACUUUAAGUAGAGUUUUUUGACGUUCUUCUGAGGAUUGAUGAAUUGCUUAGAAUCUUUUUUACCGCCUUUAGACCUCAUGUCAUUCUUCUCUUCAUCAUUCUGAAGCAUCUGCAAGAAAAAAAUAUUGGUUUGGGAGGUACAUCUUUGGGUCAAGUGUCUCUACUAUUGAGACUAGUUCAAGUAUCAUCAUGUUAUGUAUUUUCAUUAAAACUAUAUCAGCAAUAUCACUGAAACUGUUUAAUCUCACAACAUAUGAAAUUUAUGCCUUAUAAAUAUGCCAAAUGACUUGAGAAAUCUCUUAUCUCUACAUUACCAAUAUGGUUCACCAAAUGUUUAUACAAACUAAAGUUCACUUCUUGCUCUUAAAUUUCCAUAAACAUGUCUAAACUUGAACUAACAAUUAGGAAGUGUUCGGAAUUUUGUAAUCUAAAAUGGUUUCAACAGGCUAGAAAUGUAUGAAAGAACAACAGAUUUGAACGGAAGAAUUCGGUUGAGUUAGUUGAAAUCAAAGGUGAUGUCAAAAAAAGGAUAAUAAUCAACAGCAAAAUACAUAAGUAUGCUAAUUUGUGGAGAAAACAUUUCAUUUUGACUUGCAAUUAAAAUGAAGUGAUAAAGGACAGCCUCACAAAAACCAAGCAGCCGAAUGUGGACUGAUGUCGGAUGUGAAUGUUUUUUCCUCCAGAUCAUCAAGUGAGCAGGGAUUAUACAUUGUUGUCUUGAAAAAAGUAUCUUUAUUUGUUAAAUAUCCUCAGUUUCCCUUUCGUACCUUGGAACAAUAUUUACGAUUAUUUUUGAUAAGAGCAAAUUGAGCCACUGCAUUGAACAGACUGAAUAUUUAAACUAUUUUUGGAAUUGCAAAUAUUUCCCUUUGUAUUUUUGCAAGAAUUGUGAUAACUUCAUUAAAUAAAUUUAGGAUGGGUAAGUUUUAAAAAUUCUGAAACAUUAGAUAAUUAAGAGAAUAUUUUUAGGGGUAAUUGUCUCCUCUAUUUCUCAAUACAAUAUGUAAAAUUAUAUUGUUAACUACUUGUUUGGGACUCAACAAAUAUUCAAUAGAAGUAUGAAUACUUAGUUGUUAGAAAUUUUCAAAAGUGCCCUACCUCGAAUUCAAACUGAUCUGGGAACUAUUUUUGACAUGUAUGUUUCUUUAAAAUAUUUUUCGACUACAUCGAGACAGACCAAACAGAAACUGAGAAGGUGAGGUUAUGAAUAUGAAUACAGCAUGAAAAUUAAGAACACUCAUGAAAUUUAAACACAUGGAUGACUUGAAUGAAAUUUGAAUAAUUGUUUCAAAUUUUUAAAACCACUUUGUACAGUUUUAUGAAAGACAUGUCCUCAACCUUUCAGUUCCUGAAGAAGAGCCAAAAAAGUCUCGAAAGCUUGAACAGUGAAAAUAGUUCUCAUUUUUUUUUGGCUCUGACCCCUGUACCUGAUUCAACCUUACGCUGUUUCUAUACUUAGCCAGUCGAGCUAACCUCUCCGCUCUAUGUAUAUAGGGGUGAUUGUCAAAACAGUUACAUAUUUUUCGAUGAAAAAUUACAGAUCAGAAAAAUAUUUAGUGCCCUCUAGAUCAUAAAAAAGAAUGUAUGCCCCUGUACUCGCAAGGGAUUCUGUCAAAAUAGAACAAACAAGAGAAUCGUUGUAUUGGUUCCACGUAUCAGCUUAUGGGUGUCGGCAAAAUGUCUAAUAAUUAUCACUAUGAAUAGUGCCUCUGUGAUUCGAGAAUGUGUAAAGAUUAUAACUGUUAACAUUCAAUUUGCCUAUGAAUCUUCCUUUUGGAGAAAACUUUUUUAGAUGUAUCACUAAAAUUCGGGGAAAUUCAUGAAUUGGCAGUUUUUUCGUGCAUUUUCUUCUAUCUUUGCACUUCGAACAUGCAGGCUUUUCUUGACACUGUUCAGUUCCUCUUCUUGUGAAAGAAUUCAAGCAUUGUGAUAAUUUCAACUGGCCAGUUCUCUGUGGAUUUGGAAGGGACAUCCCAAAAUGAAUCAAGCGUGACUGAUUGGUGCCCACACUUCAAUGUUGAUUUCAACUGAUCAAAAGAAAUCAUUCACAAUUUUGGAAUUAUCUAUCAUUGAAAGUGGGCUUUUUGUUAUCCUUCAGUACUCUGCCAGUUUCUGUCCAAAUCGAUUUAGUCUUCACAGUAAUUCUAUUAACAUCCUCUGGUAACCCUUUCAAUAAAUAUUGGAGGAACUCGUGUUGGUCCUAACUCAUGAAUCGGGGGGUAAAUCUUUAGAUUUGUCUCUUUGUGAAGACUGCGUUCAUCACAUUUUUCUGAUAGAGCUCUUCUGACCAAAGUUCUUUGAUCACUUCUGCAAAAGCGUUGAUCAAAGCACCCUUCAUACUAGAAUAUAUUAGUGUUGAUAUCUAAGGGUUUUGACUGAACUUUGCACUACUGGUCUGAUGUUUUCAAUACUGUUGGUGCUGCUCUCCAAUUCUGAGUAAUCUGACGCAGUGAUUCCCCUUGUCACUGGAAUAUGGAAAUAUAGCGGAUCUUAUGUCUUCUGGAGCAGUUGAACAAUUCUACUUGUGAUCAGUGCUUGUGAAAAUUGGCUUGAUAAAUUCUGUCAUAGGUUGAGAAAGAGCAAUUAAUAAUGAUUUAUCCUUAUAAAAAUUGAACUUUGUCUUUUGUUCCCAACUCAUCCAGAUUUGUGUCCAUACUUUUCAUCAACUGUUGAACCUAUCAGCUGUAAACAAUAAAGAAAUUUGUUAUUAAAUGAUGUAUCUUGUCACUGCUAUCAUCUUUACAUAAAUUACUUUUAUAGUGACCGAGUAGUUUUCUGUAUUAUGCAAACUUAUGAAAAAUGAUCUAAUGUGAAUUGGUAUCUGAUGAGGAUUAAGUUUUUUACAUAAAUAAACUGCUGGUAAAGAUUGAAAUUAUUUCCUGAAUUCUCUUAAAUUUUUUGAGAAAUCUUUUCAUAUUUUCACCAUGCAAGUGUUGCAGAUGGGUGUGUCCAAAAUUUGUUAUUUUGUUUAUCUGUUUUUCAUUUUUUAUCAAGAUCAUUUCAACUAUUUUGACAAUCCCUCAUGUGUAUCUGGACAGAUUAAUCCAUGCAUAUAACUGUCAUUUUUUUGUCAUUUUGGAUGUAGUUGAUAGCGAAAUUAUCUCUAGAAAAUUGUGCAAUUUUACCAUAACAAACUUAAUUCCUUAUUCGUCUCAUGGUAGGUAUAGGAAUUAUCAUAUCCUUUCGCAAACAUGUCAUGUGAGUGCAACUGUAAGUGCUCCCACCCGGUGGCUACUCAGUCUCUGGACGAAAUGGAAUUCGAAAGAGGCAUUUGGUAUGCAGCUCAGUAUGGGGAUUUGGAAAGAGUGAUCAAAUUAUUAAGGAACUGCGGUGAUCCAGACAGGAGAGAUUCUUCAGGAUACACUGCUCUUCAUUACGCUUCAAGAAAUGGUCAUUUGACAGUAUGUCAGUUUUUGAUCGAACGAGGGGCUGAUGUCAACGCAACGACCAGAGGAGGGGCAACCUCUUUAUGCAGAGCAGCUUCGGCAGGAAAACGAGAUAUUGUGAAAUACUUAUUGUCCAAGAAAGCGGACCCCUUCAUUCAAGACUCUGAUGGUAAAACGGCUCUCCAUCGAGCAGCUGAAAAUGGCCAUUUGGAAAUAUGUGAGGAUCUCUUGACAGCUGCCCCACUUCUCAAAGAAGUGUCUGAUAACAAAGGCAAUAAAGUUAGAGACCUGAAUUGAAAAUUCAAUAAUUUGAUAUCAAAUAUUGACUCAUUUACCCUUUAUUUCAAUUGAGAAAUUGUACUGUUAUAUACCUUUUUGAAUGUCUUGCACUUCGUAUAUAUUAAAUGCAAUAAUACUUAUCUAC